AUGGGCGGCGAUCUGGAGACGUGGACAGGGAGGGCGCAUGGGGCCCUCACAUACCGCAUGACACAAAUCAUGACGGGGCACGGGGUGUUCGGGGCCUACCUGUAUAGGAUAGGACGGAUGAACACCCCGAUAUGCCUAUUUUGUCGAGCAGCCAAUGACACGGCGGGGCACACCCUCCUGUUCUGUCCAGCUUGGGCGGAGCAGAGGGUGGGCCUCUUAGAUAUAAUCGGAGUGGACAGAACGUUCAGGGCGGUGGUGAGGGCCAUUGUGCGCUCCCCCGAAGCGUGGGCCGUUUUUGCAACGUUUUGCGAGGCGGUUAUGAGGAGCAAGGAGGAGGACGAGCGCGCCCGCGAGCGGGAGCAGGCCGCUCCUCCGAACGGAUGA